AUGAUUCAAACGGGUCAUGAUGUUGGCAUCGCGUUUGCACUUAACAUCGCCGCCGGAGCUGCUACAGUUCUAGGCGGAAUGGUCAUCUUUAGUAAGCGUCUCGUAUACUUGGCCAACCCAGUGAGUUUGGCAGUUGCGCUCAGCGUCUCGUCUGGUGUCAUGAUGUUCAUCUCGUUAGCUGAACUCUUUGGCAAAGCGGUGCACUCACUCACACAAGGCAUUCGAACGGAAGACAUGUCGGAUGAGAAGGCAACUGGCCAUGGCUGGCUAGCAGCUAUUUGCUGCUUUGCGUUCGGCAUUGGUCUCCUCUACGUCAUUGAUAUGGUCGUGCAUAAAAUCUCACCUGAACACGAGAUGACGGAAAUUGAAAACCUUAAAGGUGUUCGUGAAUCGAUGCAACAAUUUGAAAGCUAUAAAAUGGCAAACAAAAGCUCGACACCGUGUGUGGAAUCUGGUCCAUCUACAUGUGCUGAACCAACGCCCAACUAUGUCCAAAUGAAUGAAAACGCCAAGCAAUCAUUGCAACGAAUGGGCUUGCUGAGUGCGUUGGCAAUUGGUAUUCACAAUUUGCCAGAGGGCGUUGCUACUUAUGUCGGAGCAAUCCAGAACUCUUCGGUUGGAUUCUCUCUUGCUGUUGGUAUCGGUUUGCACAACAUUCCCGAAGGGAUCGCUGUUGCUGCUCCAAUAUACUUUGCCACCGGGUCUCGCUCGCGAGGAAUAAUGUGGUGCGCAAUUUCUGCUGGUGCUGAGCCACUUGGCGGACUUGUUGCAUGGUUGGCCAUUGGUAACGGCAUGGAGCCACUUUCGGAGGGGAUUCUAUUUGGCAUUGUUUGUGGCAUCAUGGUGUGCAUUUGUGUAAAGGAACUGAUCCCUACAGCAUACAAGUUUGCCAAGGACAAGACGCAUAUUGUUGCUUUUGGUAAUUUUGCUGGUAUGUUCAUUAUGGCGGCCAGCCUCACGCUCUUUGGCUACGCAGGUGUGUAA